AUGUCGAUUACCCAUAUCGUUCUUUUCCAGUUCAAAUCAGAAGUGGCCGCUGAGGAUGUCCGCGAUGUCUGUGAACGUAUGCUUGCUCUCAGGGACAGUUGCCUCCAUCCCACUUCACAGCAGCCCUAUAUCCAAUCGGCGUCUGGUGGGAAGGACAACUCUCCUGAAGGCAUCCAGAAUGGGAUCACACACGCAUUUGUCCUAGAGUUUGCGUGUGCCGCAGACCGAGACUAUUAUGUCGAAAGCGAUCCGGUCCAUCUCGCUUUCGUUGAAACUCUUGAUGGGCUCCUUGAGAAAGCACAAGUCGUUGACUUUACCGAUGGAGUUUUCUAA